GCGUACAACAAGUGGACAAGUAAAGUAAAUUAGCGGCUGAAUUGAAUGGAACGAAACAAAACCGAAUAAAACAAAAUUUAAAAAAAAAAACUCAAAACAAAUUAAAUUGAAACACAACAACAACAAAAUUAAUUUUGCAAAAAUGCGUUGGCGCUUAAGUGAAGAGAAGAGAACAAUCGUAAUGAAUUUAAUUAGUUUGCAGUUGUUGAUUCAUGCUCUACAAUUUGUUUACACUUCACCGGCUGGCGUGCAAGUGAACGUCUUUGAGAAUCGCAUAUCAUCGCACAAUGAUUCGAAAUAUGUGGCACAGAUAAUGCGCUUAGCUAAGUCAGCGGAAAUGCGCAACUAUAUGAACCCGGAGGCAAAUGCGUGUGAUAAUUUCUAUGAAUAUGCCUGUGGCAGCUGGCCAAAAUUGCAUCCAGCUGAGGGCUCUAGCAAAAGGAAAACUUCUAUUUUUACUUUACUAGAUAAUUCCUAUAAACAAAAGCAAUUGCGUUUAUUAAAAGAGGAAAUGCUGAAUGAGAACGAGGAUGAUGCCAUAAGUGAGGAAGAGUUGUUGAAUGAUCCUAAAUUGGGAGCGGUUAAAAAGGUCAAAGAUUUCUUUAAAUCCUGCCGCAAUAUGGGUUUGAAAAAGCGCUCCUAUGUGGUGAAAGAAUUAAGGGAAAUCAUUAAAGAAUUUGGAAAAAUGCCAGCACUUGUGCAAGCCAAUGAGGACUGGUUAGAAGAGGAGCAAACAUUCGAUUGGCUUAAAACUAUUGGUUUAAUACAGAGUAAAUAUGGUUUUGAUAUUAUACUACAAUUAGGUGUGCGAGCUGAUUUUGAAAAUACCACGGUUAAUACUUUGUUCGUGGGCCAGCCUAGUUUAAAACUAAAAAACAAAAGCAUGUAUUUGGGUGAGGCUACCGAGAAUCAUCGUCAGGAUUAUCGAAGACAUAUACAAGAAAAUCUAGAAGAUUUUCUGGGCCUACAAGAGGAAAAAGCCAAACUUGUAGCCAAUGAUAUUUUGAAUUUCGAAAUUGAAUUAGCCAAAGGUUUGCUGGACUUUAAAUCAGAUAAGACUUUGAAAUCAAAGUCCAUAAAAAGAAAUCCAGAAGAUUUUGUAGAAGUCUAUGGCGAAGACAUGGAUUUAGCUAAAUUUGUCAAUACGGCCCUAGGUUUCGAAUGGAAUUCCACUUACUAUGAAUACACGCCCGAAUAUCAGGAAAACUUAAUGGAAGUUAUAAAUACCACCAAUAAACAUCAAUUGGCCAAUUAUAUAUACUACCAAUUGGUGGAGCCUUUCUUUAUAGGCUAUGAUGUAGCCUUGGGAAAAAUGGAUGACAUGUGUUUGGAACAUACCAAGAAAUUCUUUAGCCAUAUACUGGAUAAUAUGAUUUAUAGAACCUUUAAUACACAAGCCAUGCAAAAUGAUAUUAUAGUAAUCUGGCAGGAAAUUAAGAAUACCUUUAAAUUACAAAUGGAAUCACCCAAAAUGGAGUGGUUAACACCCAUGACCCGGAAAUUGGCUUUGGAGAAAUUGGAACGCAUACAAUUACAAAUCAAUUCCUAUGAUAAUCGCAACUUUACACAAGAGUAUCAGGAUUUGACAAUCAUUAGCUUUGAUUAUAUAGAAAAUCUCAAGAAAAUCAAUCAUCGCAGAGUGGUGAAAUUUUUGGAAAUUCUUCUUAGUCCCGGUAAAUUGGAACUGCCUGCUCAUAUGCUGUCCUAUUCACCAGCCUUUAUAAACUCGGAAAAUCUUAUCUUGAUACCCGUAUCACUAUUACAACCCAAUUAUUUAUGGUCCGACUACUAUCCGGAAGCUUUGAAAUUUGGUACUCUAGGUUUCCUAUUAGCUCACGAACUCAUACACGGUUUCGAUGAUUUGGGCAAACAAUACGAUUCGCAUGGCACUGAAUUGGAGAGCUGGUGGGAUGAACAAUCCACUAAAGCUUUUAAGCAUAAAAAAUCAUGCUUCAAAUCACAAUACUCACACUAUCGCUAUAAUAGUAAAUAUUUACCAGCCACUGAUUUGCAAAGCGAAAAUAUAGCUGACAAUGGUGCCGUACAAUUGGCCUUUAAAUCCUACAUACACUGGUUAAAUCUGCAGGCUUUGGAAAAUCUAGAAGAACUAUUGCCUCACAUUAAGCUCAACAAUAAAAAACUGUUUUUCCUGGGCUAUGCUCAAUUCUUCUGUGUGGACAUGGAUAGCAUGCUGAAGGAUAAAGUGUCGUUGUUGGAUGUUCAUGCACCCGCCAUGUAUAGAGUGAUAGGUCCUUUGGCAAAUUAUCCGGAAUUUUCGAAAAUUUUCAAAUGCCCUGCGGGUUCUGCAUUGAAUCCCAGAAAGAAGUGUGAAAUUUAUUAAUUUUUAUAAUAGAUUUUAUUAGUUGUAUGUACUCGUAAAUGGUUAAUUGUUAGUUUUAUGCAUAAUAAUAUUAACUAAAUAUAAAAUUAAAUAUAUCAAAAUUUUUACAAUGAAA